UCAGGUUCCCGGCGUGUUCCUUGGAUGGAUUUAUGCUCUGCAGCAACUGAACCUUGGCUAUAGCCUUGUCCAAGGAUGAAGUUGAGCCACAAAGUCAAAAGCAGGCCACAGUCAGUGGCUCAGGACAUCGCAUUCGUUGUCCUUGGGUGGCGAAACCUACGCGUCUACGAGGCGUAAGGUCGGGUAACAGUCAAGAGGGUUUGGACUGUGAAGAUCGCAGAAAAGGAAUGUGAACGCUGAGGCUGCUUCGAUAUCAAAAGGGCGGGAUCACUCAUUCCAUCUCCCCAACGUCGAACUAUCUCUCAUACACUCUGUUCCUAAAUCUCGAGAGUUCAUACCCUCGCUACUUAAUGCGACAUUGCGAGCAAUCGAGAUCUCGAUAUCCAGGCACGCGGAACUUUGCCUCCGCGACAAAACUAGCGCCCCUUCGGCAGCAAUUGAUACGUUGGAGCCUCCAUUGCCCGCAAGUCCAAUCGCACUGUACCGCUUCCCGUCGAUAUCCUACAUAUCGCGCGGUGUUCCCGGAACGACUCAAGGUCCAAAAGACUUCGAAUCUUCUGGUUCAAUCACUCUCCUUCUAGUUCGUGAGUAUCAGGAUCAGGAUCAGGAUCAGGAUCGUGGAUUCGCGGGCAGAUCCAAAACUGGCUCUGGGCUGCCCUUGUCCGAUACCCUGUCCCGGGCCUGGAAUACCAAUGCGGGUACGCUAAACAAAUUACCUUACUUGACCGCGCUAUCGUUGACAAUAUUGCCUGCCUCGCCUCUCUGCCCUUCUCUGCCAUGAGUGUUGAUCUGUCGCCGCGAGCAGUACGGUUCUCUCAAGGGGCAGAGGUUAACGACCUGGAUAUCCUCAAAACCCCAAGGGUGAUGGAACGGCCGCAUGCGCAGACGAGCGAUUCGGGCGGCUCAGGCUCCUCUGCAGAUCCAAAUGAGGUUCUCACGGUGGAUAGCAGACCCAUUAACCAGCCUCCAGCUCUUGCGCUCCUCGACCCACGAUCUUCCGUAACGAGUAUCAACUCCAGUGUGCGGAGUCAUCGAAGUAGCACAGAUGGCAACGGCAUGUAUAGAGGGGAGGUGGCUUCCCCGUUUUCACCAAACACUCCCGUUCUCAACGGCGCAACAAGUCGACCCCAGAGACCAACUGCACCAGCGCGGACGCCUUCCAGUACAUAUGCUCCAGCGCGACGACCACCGCAGCCUCCGUACAUUUCGAUGGCAGACCGAAACCGAUCCAUGUCAACGUCUCGCUUCAGACAGGAUCCCAACGCUUCAUACAGAGCUCAAGAGAAAGCCUACGUACAACGGUUACGAGAAGAUCAGCCAAUGGAGUACUUCGAGCCAUACACACCAAGUAUUGGAUACGGGACUGGGUCAGACACAGAAGACGAGUCGCCUUCGGAACCCCACUUCGAUGGUGAUGCAUACGACCAGGAAACGCUGCUGUUCUAUGGCAAUGAGAGCAUGCAACCAACCGCAGAAGAUCUUCAGGAUCCUGCCAAUCGAGAACGGUUGGAAUGGCAUGGAAUGUUAGCUUCGGUUCUGACGGGAGAUGUUGUGAGACAGGAAAAGAAGCGUCUGAUAGGAGCAUCAGACAAACAAGGAGCGAAUCUCAACACUGAAAUAUGGUUAGGAAUUCGUUCGAAGAAUUGCGGACGGACACUGGCUGCGCAACGAAGGCUGAUAGAGGAUACACGGACGACACUAGACACCCUGUUGGAUGAGAUCAUCAGGUUCCAGGUCCAGGGGGAGAGUGAAGCUGGUAAACCACCGAUCGACCAAGUACGGGACGUUGUCGCAAAGAUCGAGAAGUGUGAAAGCCUUUACCCUUCUCGUAUGGCUUUGGAGGUUGCCAACAAGCUCGCAGCUUCUCCUCAAUUCCAUGCAACUUGUGAUGCUGUCAUCUCAUGGCACAACACGACUGAGCUCAUCAACACGGAACUUGGAAUCUUACAGAAUUGGGUUGGAAAUGCUGAAUUGGAUUUCACUCGGGCCAAAGAACGGUCUCCAUCUGGAAAUGGACUGUCAGACGAGUCGUCGUUCAUUGAUAGGCUGUUGAAGGAAGAUGGCCUACGGUCGUUGCAAGGAGACAAGAGCAUUAUCAUUGGUGUCUCUGAGGUCAUCAUGAAAGCCAAAAGAACGCUAAUCCAAAACUCUGAAGGUUUCGCGAAAAGACAUCUUCCGCCUUACAUCGAAGAGCUGUUGACUCUCAUCAACUUCCCAUCUAGACUGAUCGAGGAAAUCAUAAAAGUCCGCCUUCAAUUUGCCCGAAAGAUGAAGGAUUCUGCUCAGCAAAACUCCAUGAUGCAAGAGCAAAUGAUAUCGCAGUUCCAGAUCCUGUUGAAGCUUGCUAUACGCAUCAAACAGGAAUACUUGACAAUAUCCCAGCCGGAACCUGGAUGGGAUCUUCCUCCUUGCAUCGAUGAUGAAUCCUUCGAUCAAAUAGUACUAGAUGCCCUAAAGCUUUACUUCAAGAUGCUCAACUGGAAACUAGGCGGAAACAAGAACACAUUUAAGGAAGCCGAAGUGUUGGAGCAAGAAUGGGAAUUUUCAAACGAGAUCGGACGCCAUCUUCAAGGUGGCGAUGUGGAAGUUGCAGAGCAAUUCAGCUCGCUUACUCACAAGGCUUUCUAUCGACUCAGUCAAACUUUUGAGCGAGAACUUCAACGGAAGCCCAAGGAAACUGCUGCUGAGAUGACAAAACGUUACAAGCAAAGUCUCGAUUCUGUUCGUGUUCGACAGCGUAUGCUGCAACGUUUCUCGCGGCAGCUCAGCGAUCGUUUUGAAAACGCUACGGAUUUCAGCAUCUCUUUAAGACAUGAAGCUCUACAGCAGCUUUACUCGCGACUGAUAGAGACGGGUCACUUCUUAGUCUACACAGCUAGCAUCGAGCAUGAUGGAAUAUUCCUAAUCGCUUCUCCAUCCUUAUACAACCGGCCACAGGACAUCCAGUCUAUCCUUGGGACCUGUUACCACUCUGACCAGGUACAAGAAGACCCAACAAACCCUUAUAUUCUGGUUCUGCGACCUGAGAACGUGGUGCCCUGGGAUGGAAGACAAGUUGAUGCAAACAUACGGGAGCCGGCGACUGAUGUCAAAAUGGGUCAUCUGCGGCUCAUUGCGGAUGGCUCGCAAACGCGGCUGCAAAAUGCACGACAGGCGUUCCUGGACUCGAUUGAUUUGCACCUGGAUAUGGUCGUGGAACAACGGUCCAACCUCAAGAAAGUCAACCUCAAACUGACAGAGAUCAAAAAAGUCGUCUAUAAGCUGUCAAAUUUGAUCAUGGACAGUGUUGAAAUUGUGAGAAAGCAGACUGUUGGUCUUGAUUGUCAAGAACUCAUCCAGACCUGCUUCAUCUUCGCAACUGAAUUCGGACAGCGAUCUUUACUUUACAUGGAUCGCAACCGAAAGCAGAUGAACAAUCUGAAAUUGACGAAGCUAGCUCUGGACUGGGUCAGCUUCGUAUGUGACGAUUGUAUUGCAACCGACCGAAAAACGUUUCGAUGGGCUGUUCAAGCUCUGGAAUUCGCAAUGAAGAUGACACAAGGACAAUACAUACUUGCUCUUGGCGAGGACGAGUACACAAGACUCCGUGCCAAGGUGGCAGGCUGUAUGUCACUUUUGAUCUCUCACUUUGACAUUAUGGGUGCAAGAUCAACUCUCGCUGCACAGGCUGAGAAGCAACGCAUCGAAGCCAUUGCAAGCCAGUUCAGAAAAAUGGACAUGAGCCGUAUGCUGGAUGAUGAAGAGUCAUCCAGAUAUGUCCGGGAGCAAAGACUUGAGGAGUUGGCGUAUCUGGACGACGCGAGAAAACAAAAGGAGGCUGAAAGGCAAGCUCUGGGCAGAGUACUUGAGGAGUCGAGUGAAGCCGAUCGGUCAUUGACCUUCCUAUCAUCAUCUGCGUCAAACGUAAACAUGCGUUGGCAGCAAGGAAAUUUCGUUGGUGGUGGAACUUUCGGUUCUGUCUACGCAGCUAUCAACCUUGAUUCCGGUCAUCUUAUGGCAGUGAAGGAGAUUCGCCUACAGGAUCCGUCGCUUAUCCCGACGAUUGCAGGACAGAUCAGAGAUGAGAUGAAUGUCCUGGAAGUCUUGGAUCAUCCCAACGUUGUUUCGUAUCAUGGGAUUGAAGUUCAUCGAGACAAAGUCUAUAUUUUCAUGGAAUUUUGUUCUGGAGGAUCAUUGGCUGGUUUGUUGGAGCAUGGACGUAUCGAGGAUGAGCAGGUCAUCAUGGUUUACUCGCUACAGCUACUCGAAGGUCUUGCAUAUUUGCACGAGAGUGGCAUUGUUCAUCGCGAUAUCAAGCCAGAAAAUAUCCUGCUCAACCACAAUGGUGUCAUCAAGUAUGUGGACUUUGGUGCAGCAAAGGUCAUUGCUCGUCAAGGCAAGACACUUGUUGCCGCUGAGCCUGGUAAGGCGAACAAGUCAAUGACAGGAACACCUAUGUACAUGUCUCCUGAAGUCAUUAAGGGCGAGAAUCCUGGACGGGCUGGUGCCGUCGACGUGUGGUCUCUCGGCUGCGUGAUCCUCGAGAUGGCAACUGGCCGCCGACCAUGGGCAUCGCUCGAUAACGAAUGGGCCAUCAUGUACAACAUCGCACAAGGCAAUCCUCCACAACUGCCGACCAUCGAUCAGCUGAGCCCAGAAGGCAUUGAUUUCCUGAAGCGAUGCUUCGUCCGAGAUCCCAAAAAACGCGCCUCAGCCGCCGAAUUACUUCAACACGAAUGGAUCAUGGCCAUCAAGUCUCAAGUUGCCAUCGAGCCCAGCACACCUAGUGAUUCCGGAUCAAGUCAUUCUCGCGGCAGUAUCGGCUGAGCUUCAUCCGAGGCGGUGAACACCUUCCUAUAUCUUCUCAUUGUAUUUAUUAGUUCGGUGGAUCCCGUAUCAAACACCCGACGUUUCUUCUCUGUCACAUCCAUCCAAGAAACUCGGGAUAUCGCGCCGUUCCGCCACCGCUCUUUCUCGGCUACACUGCCGUAUCUUUUGGGAGGAGCGGCACGGCACGGAAUUCUUCGUUUUAUCCUUCAUUGUUCUCUCCUUUGUUUGGGGUCACUGUUUUUUGAUACGAUACCAAUACGCAGCAUACGAAGCGUUCUAGGGCCCGGGCAUACACGGAAAUGCAUCAGCGAUGAGUCAGGCGUUUUACUUUUCAUACUUGUAUUUGGCAGACAGACCAGAGGGAAGCAUUCCCACUAGGAAUAUUUUCCUAUUUUGGCAUUGCAGAGGCAGGCAGCGAGGAGAGUCGAGGCGAGGCGAGUCCAGCUCGGUAAUGCGCCAUUGUGGUAGAUAUCCUGCUUUCGCUCUCACAUCCGUCUGAGUGUAGGCAAAUAGGAAGGACGGCAGUACAUGAGGGUGUUGUGUGGUAGAUAGAUGAUGGAGGAAGCGAAAGUGUAGUUGAUAGUCGAAUAGUAAUCAAGUA